AUGGGUGUGGCGAGGACGAUCAUCGCCGCUUGGAGCGGAGUUUCCGGUGGCGCUGCGGAGGUACCGGCACCCACCUGGUCGCGCUCGGUUGGCGGCUUGGCCGUGCGCGUGGACUUUGUUGUUGCAGCCGCAUCUGCCGCAGCUCCUUUGCCGGUGUCGCCCGUGCCGAUGACCAGCACUUCGACGCUGCCGGCGGCAUGGCCGUUGGGGAGCGCAGACCUUGGAGGGUCCGGGGCCACCAGCACCGCUGAGGCCGCCCGGAUCCCGCAGCUUGAGUCGGACCUCCGAGUUGCCCGCGCUCAAUGCGCCACAAGUGAGGAAGCGAACCGGGCUGCUGCCGCCAAGCUGAAGGUGGCUGACGGGGAGCUGAAACGGCUGCGCCUUCUUGAGGCUAACCAUCUCAAGGAACUUGCCGCCCUCAAGAAGGAACAGGAGGAAAAGCUGGAGGGUCUGAGCAAGCGGUUGGAGGAGGUGGAGCGGCAACGGCUUUCGCUCCAGCAAGAGGUGACCACCAAGUCCAACGAGCUGUCGGCCACCGCCAAGCGGUGGUUGGGGGAACUUAGCGCGCUCGACCGCGGCUUGGCGGCGGCCUUCCCUGAGGCGCAGGAGGAGGCGUUAGCGGCUGUUGGCAGGGCGCGGGAGGAUCGCCGGCAGGCCACUGGGGAGCAGAGCUCCGACUGCUUCACCAUGGACGACUAUCUGGCGUCCAUCGCCGCCCGCGUGGAGCCGGUCACCAAGCUUGGCUGGGAGCUGCGGAAGGUGGCGGAGGAGCUGUGGAAGCUCCCGAACGUCAUCUCCAUGUUCCCUUGCAUAUCUGAGAAAGUUGAGCGGGAGGAGCUGCUGUGCGGGGUGAACUCGUAG